AUGAAAGGGAACGCUUUGCUCUAUUGGUUUCUGUGGUUUCUUAUUGUCAAUGUCUUUGUCGAUGAAGCACAAAUAAACACUAUUUCUUCAGUUAACAAAGUACUCCAAGCAUUCGAAAGUGGAUUUGAUCCGGAAGUUUAUCAAAACAUUACAGAAGUAAUAUCCUCUAAAGGCUACACAUCUGAAGAACACUAUGUUACCACCAAAGAUGGUUUUCUUUUAUGUAUUAUAAGAAUUUUACCGAAAUGUCACGUGGCUUCAGGAAGACAAAAAGUUGUAUUUCUUCAACAUGGCCUUUUAGAUUCUGCCCAUACUUGGGUUAACAAUUUGCCAGACGAAAGUUUAGGAUUUAUACUUGCUGAUAAUUGCUAUGACGUGUGGCUUGGUAAUAGUCGUGGGAGCACUUAUUCAUCAAAUCAUCAGUAUUUAAAUCCCGAUGACAAAGAGUUCUGGGAGUUCUCUUGGGAUGAAAUGGGCAAAUACGACAUACCAGCAACACUGAUGUACAUUCUUAAUUACACUAAUGCUGAAAAACUGAGCUACAUCGGUCAUUCACAGGGCUGUCAAAUUAUUUUGGCAUGUUUUGAUGAACAUCCUAUAAUGCAAUCAUUUAUUAAUUUAUUCAUCGCCUUAGCACCAGCUGCUUACCUUGGUUCAAUUAAAAGUCCUAUACGUUAUAUUGCACCAUUUGCAAAAACAGUCGAACCAGUUAUUGAAUGGUUUGGAAAUGGUGAAUUUUUACCUUCAGGUAAAAUUAUGCAAUUUCUAGCAUCAUUCUUAUGCAAACCAAAUCAUAUUCCUUUUGUAUGUAGUAAUAUAAUGUAUUUAAUUGCUGGAUAUGAUUCUAAAAAUACAAAUGUGAGUCGUUUACCAAUUUAUGUUGCACAUACACCAGCUGGAACAUCAGUUCAAAAUAUGGUACAUUAUUGUCAAGGUAUAGUUACUGAUCGCUUUCAAAAAUACGAUUAUGGUCCUACAAAAAACUUACAAAUUUACAAUCAAUCAUAUCCACCAUUAUAUAAUAUUUCUCAGCUUAAAAUACCUAUUAUCAUUUAUUACGGUGGUCAUGAUUGGCUUGCAUCUUAUAAUGAUGUUCAUAAACUUAUAAAACAAAUUAAUUAUACAAUUUCAUCCAUACAUUAUUUUCCAGAAUAUAAUCAUUUAGAUUUUGUAUGGGGUUUAAAUGCUGGCAAAUUGUUAUAUCCAUUAAUAUUAAAACAACUUUCUAGAGUUUAA